AUGAGACAGCAGUUUCAAAAACAAGAAGCAACUAAAAAACAUCAAGAAGGCCCAUACGAGUUUUUAAAUCGAUUUUAUUCUAGAUUUUCAACUUCAUUUAUGCUAGAAAACAAAGCUGCAGUAGCCAGAGAUCAUUUAGCCAAUGAACGAACGUUUCUUGCAUGGUUAAGAACCUCCUUGUCUUUGAUUACAGUAGGUGUUGCUAUCACUCAAUUGUAUCAUCUUGCUCCUGCUACAGGCAAUACAGUAGGACAUGCAAAAGCAGGAAAAGCAUUGGGCAGCGCAUUUGUCGUGUUUAGUAUUGUUUUUCUCUAUUUUGCAAAUGCCAGAUACUUUCAUACGCAGGUUGCAAUGACAAAAGGACAAUUCCCCGCCAGUCGAGGUGCUGUUGUAUUUGGAUCUACAUGUAUUUUGGCUGUCUUAAUAGCCAUGUUUGUCGUUAUUCUUUUAGAUAUAAACUAA